GAGAAACCUGUUAUAGACUUAUCCAUAAGUCGAGAAUGAUGGGGCCAGAAGAACCAGAGAAACCGAGCAUCCCCAUAAGGGGAUGGUUGUGGUUUAGAGAUAUUCCAUCUAAGCUCCUAGCUAAACUACAUGAAGUAGCUAGGCAAGCAAUAAAGGUAGCAAAGGACGAUCCGAGAAGAUUGAUCCAUUCCCUCAAGGUCGGACUUACAGUAACGUUAGUAUCAUUGUUGUACUACCUCCGGCCUCUGUACAACAACUUUGGUGCCUCUGCAAUGUGGGCUGUCAUGACUGUGGUGGUUGUCUUUGAAUUCUCAGUCGGUGGAACAAUUGGAAAAUGCUUGAACAGAGGACUAGCAACCUUAGCAGCUGCUGCUCUUGCUAUCGGAGCUCAUCACUUGGCCAUCCUAAUUGGGAAAAAAUGCGAACCAUAUCUGAUUGGAGUAUUUGUAUUCAUACAAGCUGUAGCCAUGACUUUCGUACGAUUCUUUCCCAAAGUGAAGGCCAAAUAUGACUAUGGGAUGCUUAUAUUCGUCAUGACAUUUAGCCUGGUUUCCAUAUCUGGUCUUCGAAUGAAUGAAGUUCUAGAGUUGGCUCAAGCAAGGCUCGUAACCAUACUCAUUGGUGCAUCAACUUGCCUGGCUGUCUGCAUCCUCAUCUGCCCUGUGUGGGCCGGUGAAGAUCUUCAUAGAUACGUGGCUCAAAACAUAAGCCAACUUGGAAAUUUCUUGGAAGGUCACACGGAUCAGUGUUUCAAAACAUCGUGUGAUGCAUGGAUAGAGAUAACAAAACCAUCUGUUGUCAACCUAAACAGUAUUCUUGUCGAUUCAAAAGGCAGGGAAGAAACCUUGGCCAAUCUAGCCGGAUGGGAACCGGGGCAUGGUCAGUUCAUGUAUCGCCAUCCAUGGAAACAGUACCUCAAAAUCGGAAACUUGACAAGGCAGUGUGCCUGCCGCCUUGAAGCAAUCAAUGGCUGCUUCAAUUCCAACUUUCAAGCACCGCCAGAAAUCCAAUGCACAAUCGAAGUGGCCUUUUCUGAAUCUGGAAAAGCAUUGAAAGAGCUAGCAUGGGCAGUAGAAACAAUGACGAAACCAUCAUCAGCUAAUCCACACAUAGCAAACCUAAAAAUCGCGUCCAGAAACCUUAAAUCUAUAUUGAAAUCGGGUGUUUGGGGAGAAGGAAGCGAUAUUCUGCAAAUAAUACCUGUUGCCGCGGCGAUGAUCGAUACGGUUUCCAGCGUGGAACAGAUUUGUGUUGCGGUUAACGAGCUCAGUUUCAUGGCGAAAUUCAAGAGCAGAAACGGAAGCGGAGUUGAAGGAGAGUCAGAAAUCGGGCACGAUAAGAGCUGUAUAGAGAUUGGAAUGGCAGAAAUUCCGAGUUUGAGCGUUGCGAUUGAUGGAGGAAUUGAAAUUUCUGCUGAAGCUGAAGAGCAGAUUUUAAUGGUUUAAACGACGUGUGGAAUGUUAAAGAGAGAUAUUUUUAGUCCAUAAUUGACGUCUCAAUUCCACAAAA